UCAGACACGGGGAAUUGCGACUUAAAUGAGUCUCUCUCUUUCUCUCUCUCUUUCUCUUUUCCCCCGCAUCUCUCUCUCUCCAUCUCCCUCUCUCUCUCUCUCUCUUCUUUAUCUCAAACCAAACAUGACUCGUUAACGGUAAAAUACCUGUAGCCAUCCUCCGCGAGGGCGCACGACAGAUCCACUGUUAAAUCUUUUCCACAAGCAUCGCAACAUCUCGGCUGUCCUCGCACGGUUCCACACUCCGGCGCGCAGCAGGGUUUGGAAAAUGAAGGCGAAAAACCGUGACCAAAGCCUGUCGGACUCCAGAGAGCUGGACGGGUCCUAUGAUCAGCUGACGGGUAAUCCCUCCAACAGCCAAAGCAAAAAAACCAUAAAGCAGCGAUUCCUCAAGCUGCUGCCGUGCUGCAAGCCCACGGUUACCCCCUCUAUCAGUCAAAACAGCGUGGAAGAUGAUUUUGAGUUAUCCACCGUGUGCCAUCGCCCUGAAAGCAUGGACAAGCUUCAGGAGCAGACCAAGUUCACCAAGAAGGAGCUGCAGGUCCUCUACAGGGGCUUUAAAAAUGAGUGUCCGUGCGGUGUGGUGAAUGAGGAGAACUUUCAGCACAUUUACUCCCAGUUCUUUCCUCAGGGAGAUUCAAGUAUGUAUGCACAUUUCCUGUUUGAAGCCCUCGACACCAACAAGAACGGCUCGGUUAGUUUUGAGGACUUUGUAUUUGGCCUAUCUAUCAUCCUGAGAGGGACCAUUAAUGACCGACUCAACUGGGCGUUCAACCUCUACGACCUAAACAAGGACGGCUGCAUCACCAAAGAGGAGAUGUUGGACAUCAUGAAGUCCAUCUAUGACAUGAUGGGCAAGUACACAUACCCCACUAUGCAGGACGACGCCCCAAGAGAACAUGUGGAAAGCUUCUUCCAGAAAAUGGACAGGAAUAAAGACGGGGUGGUCACCGUAGAUGAGUUCAUCGAGUCUUGCAAAAAGGAUGAGAACAUCAUGCAGUCCAUGCAGCUGUUUGACAAUGUCAUCUAAACAUCUGGACCAGUUAGGACUCUGGCACCAGGGAGGGGAUUGUGUGUGUGUGUGUGUGUUUGUGUGUGUGUGUGUGUGUAAGCAGUAUCCAGAUUGAAAUGUUUGUGAAUGCGUGUGUCUGUGUGUCUGUUUUCUGACCUGCAAGCACUCGUGCGUGUGUCCCUCUGAAGAGCUGUGAGUCCCGAGGGCACGGAGAGGCCUCUCUUCCCGGACGCCCAGUGGCAGCGAUGGAGUUUCCCCGACUCCUUCCUCAUCAUGCAGAACUUAAGUUUUAUCCCGGAGAUACAAGGAAAGAUGGCAAGCAGGGAUCUCACAGUAACUCGCACAACCAAGACCCCACACCUCUUAUAUCUUUUUUAAAAAACUUUUAUUUAUUACUAAUAUUGAUGAACUUUCACAGCCUGUCGGGGCUGAACUCAAUAGGGAAGCCGUUUUCCUCCAGACCGUUACCUAAGAACACGUUUCCCUUCUUUCCCUGUGACAGCUGAGCUGUGGAUUAGUGAAUCCUGCUUUUGUGCAAGUGGGAAACAUCAGACUGUUCAUGCACCGGCUGUGAUGAUAGAAACGAAUCUAUCGCCAUCUAGUGGACAAGAUGGAGAGUAUGCCACUUCCUGGGGGAAACAGCUGAUGAAUUGGAAAUCCAAGUGAUCCCGUUUGGUUCAAACCUGUCGUUUUCCAUGAGGAACUGAUUUCAAUAUCGCAUGAUGAUGUCACUAAUAUCCAAUUAUGUAUUUACAGAGAAACUCCAAAGUCUGCUUGUCUGUCUGCUGUUCCUAGUCAUUCACAGGUGCCUCACCCUUUGUGUACGUGUGUGUGUGUGUGCAUGUGUAACAGAAAGAGAUGUCAUCCAUUCAUACCUGAUGUGAGACUCUGACGGGACGCCCGCCUCCAUUCAUGAUUUUGGUAGAAUAAUUCCCGGCCUUCCAAACUAUUACAGUUUUAGCUGUAGCUGUCUAUUGACUGUUUCCUGUGUACAUUUCCUAGUAUUCCUAGUGAUGUGGUAUUAGACAGUACAAACGUGGGGAUCGCACAGUAGUUGAUGAGACUCUCUGAAAAAAAGGACAUGCCACAGUCGCACUUGUCUCAUCAAUACACAUUCGAGGGGAGUUUAUUAGAUCGAAGGUUGUAUUUGUGAACUUCUUGUAAUCGGAAAUGUCAUGUGGUUGUAGCAGGUUCUACCAAUUCCAGAAAAAAAGGGUCUCUAAACCCAUGUUACAUCAAAUUAGCCUAAUUCACUUUAAAAACAAGUCAUAGUAUGUGGGUUUGUACUAGUUAGUGAGUGAGAGAAAGAUGGUUUCAUCAUUUUGUCAUUUAUUCCCGCCCUCUCAUUCCUUAUUCUCCCUCUUUCUGUAACACCAAAGAGAAGAUGUAAGAGGUAUAUGAAGACAUGCAGCCCACCCAUGGGUGAAGAGAGAGGGAGAUGCUGUGUACUAAGUAGGGCAAGGUGCAAUCAGAGAUAAGUGUUUGGUAAAGCGUCACUGUUGAAUGAAUACAUUUUUAUGAAGAAUUUGCAACCAUUUAUUAAUUUGCUCCUUUUCACACUAGGACUCUGUUAAUCUAAGAUGGCGUAAGUACCAGUGGCACUCCAGCUGUACUUCAAUAGGCUGCAGUGUCUUUUAAUUGCCAACAAUAACGUGGAAUAGCAAUAAUUCUCUCUCCCGUGUUAUCAGUACCUUUUCAACCUCCAACUUCACAUCCAUCUCAGAGCACAGUAUAAGGGUGCACUAAGGCCCUGGUGAAAAUAUGCACUUUUAAACCUGCAAUUUCCUUUCUCUUUUAUGUUCUUCCUUUAAUUGUUCAUUUCAAGGAGAGGGACAAAACGUGGUUUGGCUCUGAUUGUUCCUUGCAAACAGUUUUUAAUUUCCAUUCCCGACCACAAGUAAAACCUGUCUAUACCCGCAUGUACCGUGUCUAGAACAAUGCGAAACCUACUAACCCGUUGUACCAAUUGUCUAGUUAGCUAGCCUCAGCUGGUUGCAUUACGUAUUUAAAAGUGUAUAUUUUGUACA